GAAGAGUUUCAACUAGCCUUGUUCAAGACCAAUAAAAAAGAGAGCUUGUUUGCAGACCGGGUGUUUGAUUUGUUUGACACAAAGCAUAAUGGAAUGUUGGGGUUUGAGGAGUUUGCCCGUGCUCUCUCCGUCUUUCAUCCAAAUGCUCCUAUAGACGACAAGAUUGAUUUUUCGUUUCAGCUAUAUGAUCUUAAGCAGCAAGGUUUCAUCGAGAGGCAGGAGGUGAAGCAAAUGGUGGUGGCUACUCUUGCUGAGUCAGGCAUGAACCUGUCAGACGAAGUCAUAGAGAGUAUAAUCGACAAGACAUUUGAAGAAGCUGACACAAAGCAUGACGGGAGGAUCGAUAAGGAAGAGUGGAGGAUCCUUGUUCUUAGGCAUCCUUCGCUUCUGAAGAACAUGACACUUCAGUAUCUCAAGGAUAUCACGACUACGUUUCCGAGCUUUGUGUUUCAUUCUCAGGUGGAAGAUACCUGAGAAGAGCAUAGCAGAUCAAACAGUUUGGCAAGUGUGUUUGUUUUCAGUCAUGUAUCAUGUUUAUUUGUUUUUUUUUAAAUCUCUCUGAACUCCAGUUUCCAAGAUUUUGUUGUUUCUUCUGUGAAAAUGGAAAAGAAAAAAAACGAAAACAAAGUUGUAUUUUUAAUCUAUUCUUGGUUUGGUUUA